CGGAGCGCCGCCACUGGCCGGUCCGACAGGUCCAGAGAUGGGGAGACUGUGCCGCUGGCUGCUGCUGCUGGCCGCCGCCGUGGCGGUUCAGCUCAGCGUCGCUGCCGCGCAAGGAGGGUUCGGCGAGCGGCCGACCUCCGCUCGCCGGUAUCCCUCAAAGGUGAACCGCGGCGGCAGCAAGGUGUUCCGGCCCGGAGCGAGUUCCAGUCGCUACCGCGGCGGCUGCGACGAGAUGCCCGAUACGCCCAUGUCGGCCGUGCUGCAGUGUUCCACCUUCAGCGGCUGUCGGGCCACCUGUAUGGACGGGCACCAGUUCCCAAACGGCGAGAGUAUGAUCCAGAUCCGCUGCACGGGGGGCGUCUGGAGGCCCCAGCCGCCGUAUCAGGAGAUACCCAACUGCGCGCCGGUUUGCCAGCCGGAGUGUCAGAACGGCGGCGUGUGUAUUGGACCCAACGUGUGCCAGUGCCAGACGGGUUUCAGCGGGCCGACCUGCGAGGAGCGGCUGGAGCAGUGUAACGAGCCCAGACCCACCAUCUACAACGCGCGCCUGCGCUGCAGCGACACUCGCUGCUCGGUGGUUUGUAUGAAGGGCCAUGAGACUGCCGAUCACCGGACCACAUUCGAGAUCCAGUGCACUGAGGAGCUAGGCUGGACGGCCGUGGACAGCGCCAGUGACACGAUCCCCAGCUGCCAGCCUAUUUGUCGACCCAAGUGCCAGAAUGGCGGCAAAUGCAUAUCUUUCAACCUGUGCCAAUGCCCGAAGCAGUAUCGCGGUCCGUCUUGCCAGUGGUCCGUGGAGAACUGCAACCCGAAGACGCAGCUCAACUUUAACGGCGCGUACAACUGCUCGGGGCGCGGCGACCAGUUCGGGUGCCAGCUGUCCUGUCCCGAGGGACUCGAGUUCAGCUCUCCGCCGGCGGCCAUCUACCAGUGUGACUACAGCACGGGCCAGUACAGCCCGCUGCCGAUCCCGCAGUGUCAGGGAGAAUACGAGGUGAUUCCACCAACCACGGCGACUUUUCCGACCCGGGAGACGGACCCUGAGCCGAGGGAAUGCGCUCUCUGGUCCGGAAAGCACGUGAAGACGUUUGACGGUCAAGUAUACAGUUUCACUGGCGGUUGCGAGUUCACGGCCGUGCGGGACGCGGUGACGUCCCUGUUUCGUGUGUCGGUGGUGCGCGGCUGCCAGCGUCCCGACUGCGGCUGGAACCUGCGACUCACCGUGGACCGUACCGUGCUGCUGCUGGCGGCUGGUGAUGACGGCGGAGUCACCGUCACCGCGGAGCAGGGCCUGUACUCGGGCCAGCCGACCUCCGUCUCCGUGCCCUCCGAGGUGGACGGGCUGGUGCUGGAAAAGGAGAGCGGCAAAACGGUGAUAGUGCGCGCCAGCAGCAUCGGGCUCACCGUACGCUACUCGAAGGAUAUGAUAGUGCUGCAUGCCGAGUCGUCUCUGUGGUCCACUGUGCAAGGUCUGUGUGGCAACCUGGACGGCAACAGCUUCAACGACAUACUGUCGGAUGGUCUGCGCGGCACGCUGGACUACUACUCCAACCUCGGUCAGUGGAUAAAUAGUUUAUUUUAA